GGCUGGCCUGACUUACACCUCAACAACUAUAACAGUUGGAUCUUCCAUGUCGGGCUCUUUUGCCGGCUCUCACAACUCCACUGAUUGAUAAGCCGCUGAACCGACGAUCCCAUGCGCUGAAACUUUUCAUCACCAGCUCCUCGUUUUCCGAUCCGGUGCUUCCGCCAAACAACUUGCCCUCCAUUUAUCGUUAAAUAGCAACGGCAUCCUAUUCUUCCAGACUGCAUCACAAUAACCUCACCCGCGAUCAUGCUCGGCCCGCCCGUCAACCUGCCCAGGUGGCUCGAGGAGAACUCACACAUGCUCAAGCCACCUGUGAACAACUACUGCGUGUACAAUGACGACUUUACAAUCAUGAUUGUUGGUGGCCCCAAUGCCCGCACAGACUACCACAUCAACACCACACCCGAAUACUUCUACCAGCACCAAGGAGCCAUGAUUCUCAAGGUAGUUGACGACGGCGCCUUCAGAGACAUCAUCAUCCGCGAGGGUGACAUGUUCCUGCUCCCUGCCAACACGCCGCACAACCCAGUUCGCUUCGCCAACACUGUUGGCAUGGUUGUCGAGCAGCGCCGUCCAGCCGAUUCACUGGACCGCAUGCGCUGGUACUGCACUAGCUGUCCUGGUGGCGUUGUCGUCCACGAGGCUGCUUUCCACUGCACAGAUCUCGGCACGCAGAUUAAAGCAGCCGUUGAGGAAUUCCGCGGCGACAACGACAAGAGGACGUGCAAGCAGUGCGGCACGCUUGCAGACUGGGCGCCGCCUGCUGGAUCCAUUGCGGAUCCCAACUUGGCGUAAUAUUGUUUAUGAUGAAAAAGAAAAGUUUGGAGCGGUGUUGUGUUGUUACGAGGCGCAUUGGUGUUUUUUUAGUGGUACAGCUCCAAGCACGAUUAGAUGUCUAGGGGUAUGAAGUUUCUAUUCUCUUGUUUUGUACAAAAAAGUCCUCUAUAUUUAUUUUUCGUCUAUUGCGUAUCCAAUCUGCCAGAUUAUGUCUCGGCAAACUCGUAGGCAGAGGUAGACUCCUCGACGCCAAACUCAAUCUUACCCUGCUCGAGCUCCUUGCCAUCCACACGGACACCAGCACGGAGAAUGUCGCCCGGAGUGACGGCACCAACACCAGCAGGCGUACCAGUCAGGACGACAUCACCAGGGUGCAGAGUCAUGACGCGCGAGAUGUCGCUAAGGAUGCGGGGGAUGCGGUAGAUCAUCAGACCAGUCGAGCCCUGCUGUUUGGUCUCGCCGUUGACAGACAGGAAGAGCUCAAUGUUGUGGGGGUCGGCAAUGGCGGUCUUAGGAAUAACGUUGCUCAUAGGCAGGAAUGUGUCGAACCCCUUGGCAAUGUCCCAGGGAAGACCCUUCUUCUUGGCCUCGUCCUGGACGUUGCGGGCGGUCAUGUCGAUGGCGAUGGCGUAGGCUAUACGACCGGGGUGGGUUAGUUAGUAAGCGCCUCUCAAUUGGCAUCGCAUCCGAUAGUCACAUACCGCCGACGGCGUCAAUGGCGCCCUGCUGGUCAUCCGGCUUCAGGUUCUGGAUGCGCUUGCCAAUGACAAGCGCAAGCUCGACCUCGUAGUGCAGCGAGACGCCCUUGGGGCGCAGGCACGCGCCCUCGCCGGGCAGAAGCAUGGAGGAGGGCGGCUUGAGGAAGAAGAAGGGCUGCUUGGGCUUCAUGUUCUUGAGCUCGGUGAUGUGGUCGCUGUUGCGCGUGUCAAUUGGGCUGUAUUCUUUCUUUUGGGACAGGCAGAGCUUACGCAUAGUUGCGACCGAUGCAGACGACCUUGCCGGCCUGCUUGAGGGUCGAGGCGCCAGUAGCGACGGUAGCCAUUGUUCUUCGGAGUCCAAACAUGGUGGUGGAGGGGGUUCUGAGGGUUGCGCGGGAGGUGGGCGACUCAGGUCUUUUGUGGUGUUGCGAUGGUGUAGCGUUCUCGAGGCUGGUGGUCCUGAGCUUCCCCAAUUUACGCGGCGAUCAUGGCCUGCCGUUGUCGGACAUGGCUUGGUGGGCAGCCGGCUCGUCUCGGCUGAGCCCCAAUUGAGGCUCUCAAGGUGAUCGUUUUGGGGCCAACUUAUAUGCACUAAAAUGGUCUGGUUUUUUAUUUAUCUGUCGUUUUUAGGGUGGUAUUUAGCAUUGCUUCGGUAUUAAGGAAUUUCUUCAACUGGCGGGCUCUUUCUCAUUUGCGUGGCUGCAUAUACACAGUGGCCGUACUAGUCAUGUAAAGUGUGAGCGCCAACAGGUGGCCUCGCAGAAUAUAAUUUCUAUGUACAAUGCUAAAAAUAAUCAAACUCCUAGUAUCCGGUAUUUCAUAACUACUCCUCAUACCCCGUUAUGAUGGCGCCGCCUCAUGCUCGCGAUGCGAUGCGUAUAUGCUAAUAAAACUUCGUUUCUCGUAAUAUAGGCUCGCCUGGCCAUUCUUUAAGCCAGGUACCUAUAGCGCGAUGGUCCUUCUUCGUCUUCGGGUCUCUCGAGAUAUUCACGGACAAUCAAAUCUUCAAUGCGUUUCUUGAUUAAACCAACGUCAGGCUUGAAGCGGCUCGACAUCUGCUCAAUCACUUCGCUGACGAGUUGAGCAUGCGCAAGCUCUUUACGAG